AUGCCACUUGGGAAAGAUACUAUAUUUAUUAUAUCGCUUUUACUUGUGUCACAUUGUAUAUUGUACUCUUGGAAAAGCACACAUGGAAUAGACUCAGACUUGUUAAAACGCGAUGAGUCCAAGUGCGACAAUGUUCGUCUACAGGUUGAUCAAUGUGCCUUUGUACUUGAACAUUGUGCUGAUGCAACGCCAGGUUUAAUUAAUUAUAUACAAUGGUAUUAUUGUUCAUCAACAAAACCAAUCGUAUUCAUUCUAAUGUGCUUUUGGUUACUAUUCUUAUUUGGUUUUGUAGGAAUAGCUGCCUCCGACUUUUUCUGUCCAAACCUUCAAACAAUCGCAUCCGUUUUACAUUUAUCGGAGAGCUUAACAGGUGUCACUUUCCUAGCCUUUGGUAAUGGCAGCCCAGAUUUAUUUUCGACGUUCAGUGCCAUGCAGUCUGAUUUAGGAUCACUUGCUCUAGGAGAACUCAUUGGAGCAGCAUCAUUUAUUGUUAGUGUAGUAGCAGGAUCAAUGUGUGCUAUCAAGCCAUUUAGAGCUAAAAAAUUCAGCUUUAUUCGAGAUGUAUCCUUUUUUGCUUGUGCGAUUGUGCUUGUUAUGAUCAUUGUUUCAGACGGACUGAUACAUAUGUAUGAAGCGAUUAUCUUGAUCCUCUUUUACAUCGUCUAUGUCUUGGUAGUGGUUGGUGGAAACUAUUAUAUGAAGCGUAGAUCAAAUUAUUUAAACCUAGUUGAGAGAGCUCGCUUGGAAUACGAAGAGAACAAUAGAGAUGUCGAUGAUUUGAUCAGAGGGAACUUUUUACAUGAUGCAUCUGAUACUUAUAAUGCGAAUGAGAUGGAGCUAUAUGAUGAAGGAUUUGAAACAGAGGGGUAUCAGGAUCCAGUACAUUCUAGGAAUGGUAUACAUCCCAAGUUACGUAUUAGAACAUCGUUGUUCUCAGCUAUAGAGUUUCAAGACGUUGUUCAAUCUUUAAAGAAUACUACCAUUAAUUUCCACUAUCAGCCUCAUCAACCAUCAUCGAUACCAACGCAAUUUGAAAGAUAUGCAGAUGAGAUAUCACUCCAUAGAGCAGAAAGUAGAGCCGACCAUCAAGAUACCUCAACGACUGUCAAUAGAUUCACACGACUGCUACAAAAGUGUUUCAAUACGACAUCAGUGUACCAGAUUAAGCGUGAUAUCUCCAUCUGUCUCUUUCCUAGCCUGAUUGACUUUUAUCAAAAGCCCAUAUUUAGUAAAAUUACGUCUGCUCUGUCCGUGCCAGCCACCUUUUUGCUAGCGACAACCUUGCCUGUGGUAAAAGAAAGUGCCAUCACCCCUAGGGGCAUUGAGCUAAAUGAUAACACAGUGAAUAUGUUACGAGAUUAUCGUGAAGACGAGAUUGAAAGAACUGAUUCCAUAAGAGGAUCUUGGAAUAAAUGGCUUACGGCUAUCCAGCUGAUGGGUGCUCCAGCACUUAUAUCCUUUGUACUUCUGAGUCAAUCCUUAGUAUCUGCUGUCAUCAUUCUUCCUAUCUUGCUCGGAACAGGUCUAAUCCUCUCCAUUACCUUUUGGCUAACUACAUCUCAUGCACGACAGCCUAGACUCUAUUGGAUGAUGUGCUUUCUUGGGUUUGGAGUUGCCAUAGUUUGGAUAUUCUUGAUUGCAAAUGAAGUUGUUAGUGUUUUGCAAGCCAUUGGCAUGGCUCUUGGCGCUAGUGAAGCUAUACUUGGAUUGACCAUAUUUGCAUUGGGAAAUAGCUUGGGUGAUUUUGUGGCCAAUGUGACAAUGGCUAAACUAGGAUACCCCUUGAUGGCUAUCAGUGCUUGCUUUGGUGGCCCCAUGUUAAACAUCAUGUUGGGUGUAGGUAUAGGAGCUACUUAUGUAACAUCUCAAAGAAACGAACCUUAUGCAAUUAACGUGUCGCCAACGAUCAUUGUUUCUGCGAUUGGCCUGCUUGUUGUAUUAAUAUCCUCACUUGUACUUGUGCCACUGAAUAAUUAUCGUAUGUCAAAGAUGUUUGGAUAUAGCUGGAUUGUCAUCUACAUUGUCUGUACCGUUAUUAACUUGUAUAUUGAAAUCAAAUCAUAA